AUGCGUCCUGCGCAGCGCGCUUGCUUCCCCUGCAUCCACCGGGGCACCAAGGAGGUCCAACAGCAAGCAAGUUGGCAAUCACUGCGCGCGCGGCGCGCCCCUUUUGUCCACGACCUUUUGACCACGUUGAACCCAUGCUGCCCUCGAGUCAAGGUUUCGCCAUGUUGCGUCUGCCCUAGCACCUGCGGCUACGCAUACCUCGCCAUUCCCCGUUUACGCCUAGGAUACACUCUCUACUCGUACGGAUACAUGACGCCUCUACGGAUACGCAGCGACGUAACCUCUCGCCCUCCCAUGGACCAUCCCCAAUGGCACAAUGCUGCUCCCAAUUCGGAAGCGUCGUGUCCCCGGCCAUCCUCUAGCGGUGGCCGUCAUCGCCGUGGGCCGUGGGCCCUUAAUCCUCCGUUCCCUCGCCUUGCUCCCGAGUACCCCCUUCCCCCAUAUCUGCCAAGGAGACCCGUUGGACCUGUUCCCCCUGCUCAGACAACAUACACUCUGUAUUCCGAAGACGAAGACGACGACGACAUUGACGACAUCGACGACGACUCGAUCCGAACCGAACCUCAUUCCAUCGGUACGCCAAUAAAUACCAGAAUGCCGAAACCGGGGGAUAUCACCUACGCUGAAGAGCGGUCUUCGUCGUCCGUAGAAGACUUCGACCUCGACGAUGAACAUAAAGAGCCAUUGCUACCCGGCUCGGCCUCAAUCUCGCGCAGGAGGCAACGAGGAACGCUACUUGCGUGGCUCAGAGGACGGCCAAAGUCGUUGCUGAGAAAGUUCCGUCGACAACCUCGAUCACUCCCACGACUCUUACUCCGAUACACGUUUAUGUUCAUAUUCUUCAUCCUUGUUACUACACCAAUAUUCUUCCCGUCAUACACGCGCCACCCGAAGCACUAUAAGGAUCUGAGGAAAAGAUGUCUGGUGUCCGACAGCCUGUCUGGUUGCGCCAACAUGCAAAACGAAAAGGUCUUCAUUGCCGUCAGUCUGUUUGAUCCAGAGGGCAAGAUUGCAGGCGGAGAAUGGUCCAAGAAUGUGUUGGAUCUGAUUCACAUGCUCGGCGAGGACAACACAUUCCUGAGCAUCUACGAAAAUGACAGUGGUGAUUUGGGUACUGCUGCGCUGGAGGAGUUUAAGAAAAAUGUGCCAUGCAAGUACAAGAUCGUCAGCGAGGGUCAGGUCGACUACAACGUCUUCCCGCAUGUCACCCUGCCUGAUGGAACACAGAGGUUGAAACGCUUGGCGUAUCUGUCCGAGAUGCGCAACCGCGCCCUCUAUCCAUUGGACCGGUACGACACGGAUGCAGGGAUUGUCAAGUAUGACAAGAUCCUGUUCCUCAACGACGCCCUAUUCGCGCCGGUAGACGCCGCUCAUCUGCUGUUCAACACGAAUGCAGGCGAAGACGGCCGAGCUCACUACCUUUCGGCGUGCUCCUUGGACUAUGACUGGAACCCCUUCCUCGAAUAUGACCUUUAUGCGCAGCGCGACGCUGAAGGUUACUCCAACGGCAUCCCAAUCUUCCCAUACUUCACCAACAAGGGCCAGGCGGCCUCGCGAAAGGCCAUGAUCUCGCAGACGGAUGCGGUCCCCGUCAAGAGCUGCUGGGGUGGAAUGGUGGCCAUGCAGGCCAAGUACGUCCAAAACAUGGACAAGAAACUGCCGACCAAGGACUGGCAAGCUGUUGCGCACCACGUCAUUAACCCGGAUCACCCUCAUAACGCGACGACACCCGUCCGAUUCCGCUACGAACCCGAGGUCUACUUUGACGCCUGCGAAUGCUGUCUGUUCCUUGCCGACAUCACGAGUGUUGCGGACAAGGCUGGCGAGCCGGACAUGGGCGUCUUUGUGAACCCAUACGUGCGCGUGGCCUACCGUAAGAGGACCCAGCGCCUCGAGCGUGUUAUUCGUCAUUGGGAACGGCUCAUGGCCCUGCCUCAGGAAAUCAUUACGUACUUUUCACGGUUCCCGACCCCGAACCCCCACAGAGAGGUUGUCGAAGGCCAGCGCUUCAUGGAGGAGAUUUACCAGCGCCGGGAAGGGUGGAAGAUGGUUGAGCGGACAGGGCGCAACGGCAUGUUUUGCGGAGUGCGGGAGAUGCAGCUCAUCAAGGAGGGCCCACGUAACGGACGCAACUGGGAGAACUACUACAACAUCCCGUGGGCGGAGCAGCAGUUGAACUUUCCCAUCUGA